AUGGCCUUGACAUGGGCCCGCGUUGCUGCAAUCCCCGUUCUCUGCGUGACAACCUUAUCCCCAACGCUGGCCGCCAAACCUUGGCUAUCUGCCCUUCUCUUCGCUCUGGCAUCUUUCACAGACUUCUUGGACGGCUACCUCGCACGGCGUUGGCACGUCGAGUCGGCAUUGGGCGUUUUCCUUGACCCAGUCGCGGAUAAGCUUCUGGUUGCGGUCGCUCUCACGAUGCUAGUCGCUCGUUUACAAGUCCCGGUACUGUCGCUCGCGGCAGCUGUCAUUCUAGCCCGAGAGAUUUUUGUUUCCGCACUCAGGGAGUGGAUGGCCCAGCUAGGCCUCUCCGUGGUUGUCAAGGUCAGUAUUUGGGGAAAGAUUAAAACUGCCACCCAAAUGCUCGCGCUGACGAUACUGUUGUUCUCCGGUGAUGGGGGCACCCGCGUUGCGCUCGUUGGGAUUAGCCUUGCUGUUGUUUCAGCUAUGCUAGCCCUUUUUUCUGCAACAGAGUAUGUAGUCGCUGCCUUGCAAUCCUACAAGAAAGGUGAGGCUUCGGCGACCUCCUAA